UCGUCGCUGAUUAUUUGUUCAUAUUUUUCUGGAGGUCAAUGCAGACCCCUCAUACCGAUAUUUUAUAUAAAGAAAAAGUGAAUUCACUAAGUGGAAAUUUGUCUAACCAAUACGUAAAAGCAACCCUGAAACCGCUGACGUAUUUUUAUUUGAACGUCUGUAAAUAUACGCGAUAGAAUUAAAAAGUAAUAAGCCGCAUUGCACAAUACUUUAAGUAACAAAAGAUACUCAUGAUUUUUAUAUUUGCUGUAAUUGAUAUUUUAAAAGCUGUUGGAAACACCGGCGGAACUGUCAGGACAGAGUAAUAUGACCUACAUAUAUUCAUAUAAUGACGGCCCGGACUGGAAAAUACCAUUCCAAAGGAAACCCUUUAUACUAUUAAUAAAUAUAAAGACCUAUUCCUGGCGGCACCAAACGCACCAAACUACUCAAAGAAAUCUGGUAUUUUUAGUAAACUAUUUCUGUUGGUGAGUUGCAGGAAAUCUAUUCAUACAUUUUCUAUGACAUAUACCCAAUACAGGAUGAACAAUGAGCCAAAAGCCACAGGGUCAAGCAGAUACUCUCAGGGGACAUAAUUCUGUAUCUCCCACUCUGAAUUACUCUGUCAUUACGGAGGAAGCAGGAUCCGCCUCUGUCUUCUCUGUCCUAGCAAGCAGUAAGACAGCAUCCCGCAAGAGUUUUCUUAUUUACCCAAGGAACCCCCACACUGUCGUGAUGCUCUGUGAGGGCUACUCAGACACCCAAAGAAGGCAGCACUCCGGCUUCCACUGCCCCCGUCUUUCCGAUUUCCCGGAUCUGUCCUACUGCUGUUGGCAAGGAGACGACCUCAAACAUUGCUGCAACCAAUCGCAAUACCAAAGCAUUAUGAACUCCAGCAUGUUGGAGAACAACUCCAUGGGCUUUGGUCACAGUAGCCGACCAGUCUGUCUGCUGGUGGUCCUUCUCUACGGGGCCCUUGUGAUGGUCCUGAUGGUGGUGGACCUUCUGUGGUUCUGUCACACCCGAGGGCUCACUGUGGAAGCCAGCGCACUUACAAAGUACCACACCUGCCCCCGCUGGUUGGCUGGCCUCCUGGUCCCUAAAGGUAACCAGGCGCAUCUCUGUCAUAGCAACAGGAACUUAACUCUACCUCAGCAGAAGGUCCCUCAGGAGUCUCCACAUCUCCACGGCAACUGGACCAACACAACUUCUUGCAGUCACCUCAGUAUUCAAAAGACUGAGCUUUCGAUUUUACUCAGGGACAAGUUAUAAGACAGCUUAUUGUCUCUCCAGCUACCUUUGCCAGGGACCACACUGGUAUACUGGAGAACUCCCAGUUCUCUAGUCAAGGUAUAGCUGUCAGCAGCAUUUAUAAAGUCCUCACACCUUAUGUCCUGUGUCAUAGACAGUAAAUUGUUUUUAUGGGUGCAUGUUUUUCAGCAUACCAUUAUUUCCGAAGAUAAGCUGCAAUUACUACAUUUCCUUGAUUGGAAUUAAUAACUUCUAUCUUCUUUUUCGUAAAGCUUAAAUCCAAACUUUGUGUUUAUAAAUGUAUCAUUUUUAGUGGAAAAACUGAUUACUACAACAUGCAUUGUAACAUCAA